CUCUUGUGAAAUUCUGAUUGAAACAGAUUGUAGCAAGCACUCUCCGACCUGGGUUGCAAUGGCAACUGACUGGAUGGAACAUCAACAGCAACUUUUGUCCUAUUUUUUAAGGAAUUAACGAGAUUUUACACUGAUACCUUGAGGAAAUUAUUUCUAAUGUGAGAAACAAAGUUAUACAAUUUAAGGUCCGAAAAUGUCCCAGGGAUGUACAAUUUCUGUGGAAGAGAUCCAGUCUUGGUGGGAAGUCCCCGCCAUAGCGCAUUUCUGUUCGCUGUUCAGGACGGCAUUCAACCUACCAGACUUUGAAAUUGAGGAGCUGGAAGAUGCGCUACAGAAGCAGGACAUAGACUUUCUGGCUGACCUCCUCGUCUCACUGCUGCAAGGAUGCUACCAGCGCACAGACAUCACCCCCCAGGCAUUCAGCGAUUACCUGGACGACAUCAUCAACUACCGCUGGGAGUUGGAGGAGGGGAAGCCUAACCCGCUGCGCCAGGGGCCCUUUGAGGAGCUGGCCCCACGCACGCAGGUGGAACUGCUGCACAGGCUGUGUGACUACCGCCUGGACGCUGCCGAUGUCUUCGACCUGCUCAAGGGCUUGGAUGCGGACAGCCUGCGCGUGGAGCCGUUGGGUCAAGAUGGGAACGGUACCCUCUACUGGUACUUCUAUGGUACCCGCAUGUACAAAGAGGAGCCGGUCAAGAGGAAAGCAGAGCACGUCCGUGAAGCCCUUGUGAUCAAACCAACAGAGAAGAGGAAAAGAGGAAGACCACCAAAGAAGAAAGUGGAGGAGAUCCAGCUAAGUGAGGUGGAGAUCGAAGUGAAGAAGGAGAAUGGACUGGAAGGUCUGCACUCAGGCACAGACCGUGAGCGUGGCGCCUGGUCCCUGGUGUGUGACACAGAGGAGCAGUGGGCCAGUCUGGCUGAGAGCAUCAAGGACAAAACGUCCCCCCAGGACCGCCACCUCUACCGCAUCAUCAGCCAGAACUUCCUCCCUGAGAUCAGCAGCAUGAUCGAGCUCAAGGAGAAUGAACAGAAGCAGAGGCUGCUGGACCCCACCCCAGUACGCAGCUCUUACCGGCUCUCUGAGAAACGCAUGAGCCAAGAGGAGGAGGACACGCUGCAGGCCAUAGCUGACGUGGAGCAGCAGAAACAGAGGGAUGUGGACAUGGACAGGCAGGCCCUGCUGGCAGAGCAGAAACGAGAGGAGGAGAUGCUGCUUCGGGAGGAGCGUCAGAGAGAGGAGCAGGAGAGAGUCAAAGCUGUGGAAGAGCGAGCGCGGCGGCGGAAGCUGCGUGAGGAGAAGGCCUGGUUGAUAUCCCAGGGGAAGGACCUGCCCCCCGAACUGCUGCACCUGGAACCCCACUCACCCAUCCAACGCGCCCGCAGGACGAAAGCGUUCUAUGAAAUUGAUGAUGAUUAUACGGCGUUGUACAAAGUGUUGGAGGCCCUGAAAGCCCACAAAGACUCCUGGCCCUUCUUGGAGCCUGUGGAUGAAUCCUAUGCCCCCAACUAUAAUGAGAUCAUUCAGACUCCGAUGGACCUGUCCACCAUCGAGAGGAAGCUGAAUGAAGGGGAGUACAUCGCCAAGGAGGAGUUUGUGUCCGACGUGAAGCUCAUGUUUGAGAAUUGCAUUGAGUACAAUGGGGAAGACAGUGAGUACAGCAUCAUGGCGGAGUCCCUGGAGCGCUGUUUCAGCCGAGCCCUGCUCAAGCACUUGCCGUCGGAGGACGGUGACACGGACGAAGAGUUCCACGUGUGUGGUGAGGACCGUGAGAGAGACCGCAAGGAGAAGAGGCGGAGCAAAGGCCCCAAACAGGCGGGGCCAGAGCGCUUGGGCCGAGCCACUGAGCAUGCCUCGCGCAAACGGACACAUCCAGGGGGCAAGGGCAGCACCGCCAUGGAGGAGGGGAACAAGGUGUCCCAGCCUCCCCCUCCCACCCACUGGACCAACAGACACCCACACCCCCACAGCAUGCCCCAUGGACAACUCCACCCUGGGAAUCUAUACCACCGAGCACAGCAGCAGCUUCAGCACCCACCUGGUCCCCACGGUCCACACAUGUAUGGUCAGAGGAUGGCCAUGGACCCCCGCUACGCCUACCCUCACCCUGGACAGGGACACAUGCCCCGGCCUGGAGACCCCAAUGCUCACCACAUGCCUCAACAUUACAACAUGCAGCCACACCUGAGGGAUGGUCACCACAUUGGCCCUAGAUACCAGGUGGGGCCUGAUGGCCGGCCUCUCCGUCCCCAGCACCACCAGCAGCAGCACCCCUACAUGGGUCCCACCCACGGCCCCUCACUGGGCCCCCGCCCUGUGGCCCUCCAGUCUGGGGGCCUCUGCACCCCCACGCCCGAAGGCAACAUGUACUCGUCCCGCCAGCACACCGACGGCCACCCCAUGCACCCCGGAGGGAACCGUUACCCCGGGCCUGACGUCCCACCACAACACAACUACCCUGCCUUCCUUCCAGGCAUGGGCGUGCCUCCUAGCAUGUGGUCAGGGAUGAACCACCAAGGCCAGCAGAGGCCCAGUGGACCUGGGAUGCAGGAGCAGAAUAUGGCUAACCACCAGCAGCACCCCUAUUUCCAUGGGGGUCCACGUCCCAUGGGCCCCAAACCCUGGCCAGAGCAGCCUGGUGGCCCUGGAGGGUACCCCCCACCCCCGAAUAGCCAGUACAGGAUGCCCUGUGGCAUCAGCACCUCCCCGGGGCCCAUGGCCCUGCGCCCUCCCAUGCCUCAUCAGGACUCACGGCAGCGUCUGGCCUCCAUGCUGGAGAGCCCAGAGAUGAUUGCCCUGCAGCAGCUGUCUGCCUCCUCUACCGGACUCCCUGCUGGCUCCUCACGCCAGCUCAUGGGCAACCUUCAGCAGCAGCCCCCACAGGGAGUUGGCAGCGCACCAACUCAAGCUCAGCCCUCGCAGCACCCACCUCCCCCUGAAAUUCAGCUGCUGCGUCCUGCCAGAGACGAUGGCCCAGAUAGCCAGCCUGCCCAUCACGCAGACAUGCAGCCCAAAGAGUUCACAUCAGAUCACAAAACAACCAACAACAACCAUGCAGGAACGCGGAUAACCCCCUUCCAGUCUGAACAUGAUCGUCCCACAGAGCCUCCCAGUCGCCCCACUGGGGGCAUGCAGAGCCCCUCGGCUCCAAACUUGGGCAGAUCACAGGAGAGGGGUAGCGGGACCGGGGAGCAGGCUGCGUCUGGGCCGGGACACCCACAGAGCUCAGAGACAACCGACAACCAGGAGGGGGAGAGAAGAGUACAGUCUGUCUGCCAGACUCCCACUCAACAGAACAACCCUUCCAUUGUUCCUCCUCCACACCCCCACAAUUCACCUCACUCCCAGAACUCUCCGCACUCCCAGAAUGCUCCACAGCAUAUAACCCAGAUCCCCACUCAGCAAAUCCCAGAGAAUGCCCCUCACCCUAAGAACGCCCAUCAACACAUGAUCCAGAAUGCACAGCAACAAAACAUCCUUCAACAUAUCAGUCAGAAAGCCCCACAGCAAGGAUCCCAAAACCCUCAGAACACACCUCCACAUGUGGCUCAGAAUCCCCUUCAACGUGGUCCACAGCCAAGCCCCAUGCAUGGAAUGCCAAAAUGCGCCCCCCAGGGGGCCCAGCCUGGCCCUGGUCCACCACAGCCAGCCCCUUUCACCUCCCUGCCCCCCAGCCACCCUGUGUCCCAGCUGCCUCCCCAGCCCAGCCCAGCCGACCAUGGAGACCAGAGGCCCAGCGAGCCCACUAGCAGAAGGGAUUCUGGAGGCAGCUCUGGUAACCCCAGCAUGAUGAUGAAGUCUGGACCUCCCAACAGCAUCUAUAAACAACAGUCGUUCAGUCCCAAGGUGAAACAGACACAGUUGGGUAACCAGGGCAGCCUGGGGCCAAGGGGACCAGCACCUGGUCACAUCCCAGCCAUGCCUCCCCACUCUCCGGGCCGGGUUGCUGGAGCCAUGGGCAGCCCAACACAUCCACACUAUGGUCAACCUAUGGGCAGGCCCAUGCCCCCUUCAAAUCGGCAGCCUUACCCAAACCAAGCUAUGCCCCAGACCAUGAACCCAAACCAUAACCCUGCCGGCUACCCCACCUACCACCAGCAAGGAGCUGCCUAUCCAUACCACAUGGCCCAGCAGCAGCAUCUCCAGGGCCACACCAAUAUGUACCCCCAGUACCAGCAGCAACACUUAUACCCCCAGCCCCAGGGCAACAGCCGGGGGGGCUACCCACCUGAGGAGUGGCAUAGGCAGCAGCAAUACCAGCCUCGCCACCCCAUGCCCUCCAACACCUACCUGCCUGCAGCCAGUGCCAAGGUCAAUGGGUGCCUGAAGGAGGGCAGCAGCAUCGGCUCCCCCCUGGGCUCUGAGGGCUCCGGGGUCAGCCUGAUGUCCCCAAGUCUCCUGCCCGAGGGCCUCCAUGGAGGCUCUGCGGGGAAGGAGAGCAGGGAGGCUGGCAGCCCAAUGAAGCCUCAGCAUGCUCGGGUGGAGGAGAGCUCAGAGCGGCCAGAGAGCCCGAAAGAGAUCCUGGACCUGGACAGCCACAACGCUGCCGCACGCCGCUGGAGUUCCCAGCCCCUGCCUCAAGUGGCCAACUUCCUGUACGACCCCCGAGCAGUGCAUCCUGGGAUGCAGCAGGGUGGGGCCCCACCCCCCCACAUGAUUUCUCGGCCUCCAUACCCUAGCCAGCCUGGCUAUCCUAGUGGACACUACACUCCCCAGAGACCCCACCCCCACCUCAUGGAGGCCCUGCAGCGGCCCCAGCACCUACCCUUUCACCCGGGACAGACCCGCAUGGCCAUUUACAGACACCCCCAGACUGAAGGCCACUUCCAAGGCAUGACGGUCCAGCAGAGAGGCCUGGGGCCUGAACACUUCCUUCACCCAGGGCAGCAGAUGAUGUCUCCCAGUGGUCCCAGCAGUAAACAGGGAGUUUGAGCAACUCUGUGGAAGCAGGGUAAAGGACAAAUGCAACAAAACCUUUACACAAAUUGGUGCCUGCAUAUCAUUCAUGACGACAACCUGUGUGCUUGCCUGUGUAUCCUGUCUUAAGACUUUAAAUGUGACUGCUGUCGGAACCAUGAUGUUCUCUGCUGCGGAGCGGUUCAAAAUGGAGUCUGUCCUCUGUCUGUGUUCGAGGGCACCAGUAAGUAGGGCUCCCAUUGCAUCAGACAAGACAUGUGCAGAGUGAUGCAGGCAAUGGAGACACAUUUAUUUGAGAAUCUCUUUAGAGAAUGAGUUCUUUGCCCCUGGGGAUGUCUGUCUGCUUUGUGUGGAACCCUCACUGAGACUGCCUCUGCAGAGACAUGGCCCUGUCUGUCUUCAUGCCUGUGGACUCCCAGUCAAGUUCAGACUCUACAGCUGGUCCCUCCCUCUAGGCCUGGCCAGCAAGAACAUCUGGAGACCCUGCUUCUCUGUCUGCAGGCUGGUUGGACUCAGAAUUUGUCUGCCUGUGUAAACACAGGCUUUAAGUGGUCUAUUGAUAUGGUCUGAUUGUGGUGCUCUGUUUGACCUUUUUAAAUUAUUUUCUCUCACACUGGAUUUGUCUGGAGAAGGCUCUCCCUCUUGUCUAUAGCUCUCUAUGGACCUCCAGUCUGGUCUUCUUAGAGCCUCUCUAUUGACAAAAGGAGCUGGUCUGGUAAGAGGAGAGCACUGGUGUUUCUUUGUGUUUUUUCCUUUUCGUCUCCAAAUGUUUUUAGACUCAGGUGUAGAAAAGGAGGUCCUUUGAGACUGUAGAGAAGCCGUCAUCAGAA